AUGGAAAGUAAUCUAAUAAAUUGGAUAAGUAAUUGCAAUCCACAAAUAAUCGAUAUCCUGGUAACUUUAUCAAAUAAUGAAAUAUUUAUAUGUAGAAAAAACUUAAAAAAAAUAAUUAAAUCCCCCAAAAAAUUGUUUAAGAUUGAUAUUAAUUUUGAAAAGUAUAGUUUAUUAAAAAAAGAAUUAGAAAGUAUAGAUUUUUAUUUUAAUAAUAGGAAUAAUGAAAUUAUUUUAAUAGAAAAUUAUUAUGAAGAAAAUUUCAUAAAAAUAAAUCCCAGUAUCGAUAGCUCAAUAAAACUAUUAAUAAUAAACAACUUUAAUUUAAAUCAAAAAUAUGUAAAGGUUAUUUUUGAUAACGAUUGUAAUAAAAACACAAGUAUAAAUAAUAAUGAUAAUAUUAAAAACAAUAAUAACAACAAAAGCAAUAUAAACUCUCCAGUUCCAAAUGCAUUCGAAAAUAAUAAUAUUUUAAAUAUAGAAUUAGUGCCAAAAACAACACUAUGCUAUUUUGAUAAAAGAAUUCCAUUUGAAAUUGUGCAUUUAUUAUCAACAAAAGAAUACUCAAAUCUAAUAAGCUCUAUAAAUUCGAUUUAUCUUGUAUAA